AUGAUGGGCCGCUUGUCGAAGGAGAUGAGGAACUAUGCCAAGAUGCAUAACCAAAGGAAGAUGCCAAAGCUAACUGAGAUGGACAUCGAUGGCAUUGUGGCAGGGGGCAAGGAGCCUUUGGAGAAGGCGAAAGCCCAGCUGCAAGACCUCUUCGCAGGCCUUUGUGACAUCAAGAAGCAAGACGAGAUGUUCGUCAGCACGACCAUCGAGCGGCUGUUGGGGGCGGUGGAUGCAUGCAGCAAUUCCGGCGAAGCCAAGGACUACCCCACUGAAAGGCUGCAUUUCUGGCUGCUGCGAUAUGCUGGUCAUGAGACGGAAAUGUGGUUCCAGCUGCUGUGUCGGACCUUGCUCAGCCCUGACUGCAUGACAGAUUUCAAGCGCUUCAACCCAUUUCUGACGGAGGCUGACGUUCACGAGCUGUUGGCAGCGUUGUCGCAGAUGAUGUUUGCGACGUCCCGGCGCCAACAAGUGUGUCGGGCCAUGGACCACUGCCGCAAUUUGAUGGAUCUGCUGGACCGCGACAAUGUGUCAAGCUCGGCUGUGGCACUCAAGGCCGGCUUGACCGAGAAGAGCUCCCUGCUUUGCAGCUCUAUCGCGGCGGAGCGCAUCUAUAUCUCGGAGCAGAAUGGCCAGAAAGGAUUCGACCCGCGCUUUCUGGUCUUCGAGUUCAUUUCUGGCUUUCUCCUGCGGCCGCGCCAGGCUGACCACAGGGCAUUUCCAGUGCAAAAAUUGCAGGUCCCCAGCUGUGCCGCGGUGGGACAUGGCAGCAACUUGCCGGAUGAGGUGGAGAUGGUGGGGGAGUUCCUCGACAUCCUCCAUUCGGGCAGCAGCGCUGUGAAGCAGAUGAUCAUGGGUCAGGGCAAGACUACGGUGGUCACACCUCUUCUCUCUUUCGUUUUGGCGGAUGCUGAGCGGCUCAUCGUGAUCGUGGUUCCUCACGCCCUUCUGGAGUUCUCGCGGUCGGUGCUGCAGGGCACAUUUGCCUCGGUUGUCCAGAAGCAGGUCUCGACAUUCAAGUGUGAUCGUGCCGUGGACAUCGACUUCAACUUCUCGUUGACUGUGGACGCUGUGCGACAGCAGGGUGACUUGAUCGUGACCACUCCCGGAGACGUGAAGUCCCUCCUCUUGCGCUUUCUGGAGCAGCUCGAGGUCUCCAGCGACAGGCGCUCCAAGAAGAACACGCCCCAGCUGCGAAGGGAGACCCUGGAAAUGGGCAAAGUGCUGCAAAUGCUACGGAAGCAAAGCGUCUGCAUGAUUGAUGAGGUGGAUCUCGUGCUGCAUCCGCUCAAGUCGGAGCUCAACUUCCCCACAGGGCCGAAGAGCCUCAUUCAUCAUGCGCCUGAGCGGUGGCGCCUGCCUUUGCACAUCUUGGACGGUUUCUUUGCAGCGGAAGACUCAGCCCGGACGCCGGCCCAGCUCAAAGAGUCGCACUCAGCGCGGCAGAUUUUGGAGACGCUUUCCCAGGUGGUGCAACGAGGCACCGAGCGCAAGCAGCUCCAGAAGAAUCCGCACCUGGUCUUGCUCUCUGAAGACUUCUUCCACGAUGAGAUGAAACCGAUUCUGUGCCAGUGGCUUUGUCUCUGGCUGACCAUCGAGCAUGUCGGUCGGGUCUUCGAGGAGGGCUUCACCCCGACGGACCGGGGACUCACAGAGGAGGAGAUCACGGCCUAUCUGAUGACCCGUACGAACGCGGUUGAAGUGCGUAUCACCGGAAGCAAAGCGGAGUGGGACGUGUGGGCAUCUGAGACGCCAUGGCUGCAGGAGAUGCUGGCUAGCGGCAGCUCGGGCAAGGAGGGCACUUUCAAUCCAGAGCUUGUGCCCAAGGAGAAGAGGGGCCUGGCAUUGCUCUCGGAGUACAAGGUCACGACUCUUCCGAAUGGCUCAGACGUGGUCCUCAGAUUCCGCGAGACACAGGCGGCACUGCAGAACCGGCUGGAACGUGUGGACAGGCUGCCGGCCAAAGAUGUGCAGACCCUGAACCUGGGCGGGGAGUGGCUCGCAACAUUCCUGCCACACUGCCUGCAGAAGAUUGACCGCGUGACCUUCGGAAUCAUGACUGAUGAGCAGGUGAAGGCAGCACUCGCCGAGCAGCCUUUGAUGCCCCUCACGCGCUCCAAGCUGGCCAUCCCAUUUGUAGGCAAGGACGUUCCAUCUCAGAGCUCAGAGUUCGCGCAUCCAGACAUUGUGUUGGGACUGACAUCCUUCGCAUACCGCUACGAGGGCCUUCGCCGAUCUGACUUUGACGAGGUCAUGUCGGCUCUGGCGGACCGCUUAGAGAACGAGGGUGGUGGAUCCCAGCUGGAGAGGCCAACAGCCCUCCGUUGGAAGUCCUGGGUGGAGGAAGCAGGGGCCGUCUUCUGCGUGAAGCAGAGAGAGAUGGACGAGCGUGCGGCCACCGAGGAGUCUGGCGAAGAUCCUCGAGCUGACAAGCGACCGCGCGUCCUUCCUUUGCACCUUCUGGAGAAGACGAAUGCGCCACAGAUGCAGAGGCUGUUCGAGCUCUUCCGGAGGCUGCCCUCGGCCAUUCACUUCUACCUCGAGGCAAAUAUCUUUCCCAACUUCAUGCGGUUCCAGGAGCAGAAGUUUUCUGCCUCCGGACAGGAGAUGGGUGGCUCCAUCCUCUUCAAGCAGAGGCUUGGUUUCUCGGGCACUCCCAGUGAGCUGAUGCCGCGCGAACUUGGACAGUGCGAAUACGAGCCUGGAAGUGAGGGAGAGGUCGUGAGUACCCUGACCUCGCCUGCGAUCGUGUCAUUCAAGACGCUGGGUGCAGACUGGACGGUGGAGGCGCUCUUGGACGCUGUGGCCGAAGCCGCAUGCCGUGGUGAAUGCCAAGCGCUCAUCGACACCGGAGCGCUCGUCACAGGUUUGACAAACAAAGAGGUUGCAGAGCAUCUUCUGGGACUAAAAAAGCGCACGGACGGCUCCAUGCCCAUCACUCUGCCGGAUUGGAUCGAGGGUGUCGUCUUCAUCGAAGAGGAUGGCGCAAAGCGAAUCCUGAACCGACAGUCUCGCGAGGUCGGCAAGCUGGCCGACAGCGGAGUUCCCAUCUCGGCAAGAUUCUGCUUCUACGAUCAGAUCCACACUACAGGCAUGGAUAUCCAACAUCGCUUAGAUGCCGUGGCGGCUCUUACCUUGGGCAAAGACAUGGUUUGGCGUGACUUUGCACAGGGUGCCUACAGGAUGCGUGGCAUCGGUCGGGGGCAGAGCAUCUGUCUCUACAUCAUUCCAGAGAUUGAGCAGCUCAUUUCGCGGGACAUUGGUCUGGCACAUCUGCCUCAGUUGCCUGGGUUUGCGUCCCUGGGCAACCGGCACAAGGGUGUUCUGGAUGCAGUGGCCUGCUGGCUGCUGUGCCAGUCUAUGCGGACAGAGAAGGUGCAAUAUGCCAUGUUGCAGCUGCAGAACUUGGCCAACAUCUGGCGAAGGAGUUCGCUCACUGCGGUCAUGGAAGAUUACGAGGCAAUGGCUGGCAUGAAGCCAGAAACCCUGGCAAGGGUCCAAGUCUACAAGGAGCCCAUCGAUUUCAAGGUUCCGUCAAAAGUACCGCAAUUGGACACUAUCGGAGCGGCAGCUGAGAGGAGGAUAGCAGAUGCACAGCGCUUCGUCCAAGAUGCGGACAGGCCGGAGCUCGAGGAGAUUCGGGGCAACAUGCGACGUCUCGCCGAGGCUGGCGGUGAGACCGAGGAGACGCAGGGAGAGCGUGGACUGGAGACGGAGCAGCAGCGAGAGCAGGAGCAGGAGCGCCAGCAGGAGGUCGAAGAGGAGGGCCAGCGAGAGCAGGAGAUUCAGAUCGAAAAGUUCGUGGACCUUAUGCACUGUCGCGAUCAUGAAGAGCCGGUACCUUGGGAUGUGGACACACUGGCGGUGCCGGCCGAAACGCCAAUCCCGAAGCAGUUCUACGAGGCCCGCGACUUCCGCCUCUGGAAGAGACAGCCGCUGAAGUCCCUGCCGCAGGAGUGCCUGCUGUCCCGGAAUUGGUUCGAUCCCCAAUGGAGUGGCUUCAGACGUGUGAAGAACGUCUUCAUGCAGCUGGAGUGGGUUUCGGACAAGAGCCGCUUGCGGCGGGCCAAGCAUGAGUUGCCGCUGAAUCGCGUGGAGGAGCACGAGAUGCACCGGAAACUGCACCUGAUCUGGGAUCUCCUGAGCCGGAAGGGCGCGGCUGAUGGAGAAAUGGCACCAAAGUGGAGGUACAGUGGCUCAGAGGAAGCCCAGGGCUCUCCCUUGUCUCCGAGCUCUCAGGCACAUGUUGACUUCGAGCCGCCCGAAGGCGACAUCGAACACAUGGAGAUUCUGAGGCUGCUGCAGGCUUCGUUCGACUGGGACACAGCCUUUCACUCUGUGUCUGCGGCCAUGGCGGUCCUGCAAAGUGGUGGAGACAUCGAGGCAGCAGCUGCGGCCGCAGCAGCGGUCUUGCCUGACAAGCCGGAAAGCGCACGCCUCAACUACAUCGAGGCUUGCAAGCUGCUCCGUGCAGCCUACUUCCGCCCCAGAGACGAGGGCCGUGGCUUCAUCAUCCUCUCCCUUGCAGAGGCCGAGACCUUGCGCCGCAUCAUGCACUGCCGAGUCAGCCGACCACUGCUUCCGCAGCAUCCCGAGACCAGCGUGGCCCUGCGCUGCGUGAUGUCCAACCACAUGAUCUUCGAUGAGUCAGUUGGCUUUGGAUCAGGGCCCAAGUUUCAGACGUCGAGCAUGCAGCAGGUGGCCCGGUUCCUGGAUUGCCAGACCUUCUACAGGGAGCCAGAGCUGUCUGUGCUGCUUCGUGCUCUCCAGCACGACCAGCCCUUCGCUCGCCGACGCUUCCUGGAAAGUCUUGGCAGCUGCAGGCGCCGAGCCUUGGCGAACUGGCAGGAGCAGCCAAUUUCGGCAGUGUUGCAGCGCAACUGGCUGGAGUUUGACCAGACCCUCUCUCGCCUGCGUGCUGUGCGCUUGCGCGAUGCCAUCGAAGGGCAGGGCCUGUCAGUGGAGGCGGCUUUCCAGAAAUACGACGUGGACAACUCCGGACUGCUCGAGCCGAUGGAGUUCUGCAGGGCUUUGCACGACCUGGGCUUCGCUUUCACUGCCGAGGAGGUGGCCAACUGGGUUGAGGCGAUUGACGAGAAUGGGGACUACUGCGUGGACAAUCAAGAGUUCCUUGCCUUCGUUAAGACCCAAGUCAACAACCUGCUGGCGAGCGGCAUCUCAGGCCACAGCACGCUGCCAGACUCCAUCGGCACGGCCAAGAAGCCUCGAGCUCAUCCCGUUCCCGUGUACGUUCCUGAAAAGAAGCCGCUGAAGCGGCAGACGAGUGACCUCGUUCAGGCAGCAGAGGUGGAGCAGGAGGUCCACCUCAGGAAAGCCAAGCAGCGAAAGGCAGAAGCGGAUGAAGAGCGACUCAAGGCUGAAGAGGAGGAGGGUAUCGAGGUCCUGAUCGAGGAGGAGCUGGGCCAGAAUCCAGAGAGUGGGGAAGGAUGGACGGAGUACAACUUCCAGGCCGCGCGGCUGCCCAAGGAGACCUAUGCUCUGGGUAUCGUUGAGCUCGUGCCAGAGCUCUACGGCUCCAACGGGAAGAGCUACUGCUUGCUGGAGCCUGGAGCAGGACUCGUUGUCAAAGAGCUUCAGCUCCGCGGCAUGGCAGGUGGUCGCUUGAACUGCUACUCGCUGACCCUGUGGUUCCGUGUGCCCAACCUUCCACUGAAGGCGGACCGUCUGAUCCUCAUGGACUUCCCGAGGCCAAGCAACGAUCCGCAGCAAUUCGACACGCCAGAGGAGGAGCAGAACACCGGCAAGCUCUUCAUCUGGAAGAACGGUUUGAUCGCCCCGGAAGGCUGCCAUGAGCCUCGUGUACUCUCCAAGAAAAAGCGACGAAAUCAGGCAUCUCGGGGAACGCCAGCAGCCUCCGUAACCGGAGAAUGGCAGCUGCAGUUCACAAUUGAGGCGCAUGGCAAGCUUCCGCAGCCCAUGGGACAGGAGGCAGCAGGAUCUGGAUCUGCUCCGGCCGCUGCUGCACCUGAAGCAGCUGAGGAAGAUGCCGAGCAGGGGCCGGAAGCGAACGAUGCAGCUGCUACUGCACACGGUGCAGCAGCCAAUGCUGCUCGCAUGCUUCAUGCUGAGUCUUCGCAAGGCCAGAUUCCAUACACUGUCCAGAUCACCUGCGACUCGAACAGCGGAGUGCUCCGUGUGCGACCCGCCCGCGGCAACCGCCUGGCGAGCGGAGGCUCAGGCGAAGAGAUCUUCAGCGUGGUGAUCCGCCUCAGCGAAGAGCGCCAGCGGCUGAUCAAAGACGAGAUGGGCGGCCGCGAAGGAGACGAUGCUUUCAUAUCCAAGCGGCUCUGGAAGAAACACCUGAAGUCAGUGGUCAGCGGACUGGGAAGGUCUUUCGAAUCCCUGGGCUUCGCUGGCGGAAAGCGGCAUUUCAAGGCUACUCUGUUCCGCAAGCUCAAGGAGACCCGUGACGAAGCCACUGUCGCUGUGCGCCAGACGGAGGAUGCUGCGGCCGCAAUCGCGGAUCAGAUCCGGUCAUCUGGUGCUCUUUCGCAGGACCCCGAAGCCACAGAGGACAGGACUUUCGCCGGCGUGCCGAAGCUGUUCGACAUCGUCACAAUGAGCCAGGAUGCGCAAGACACCUUCGGGCCACUGCGAAAUGGGGCGACGGGCGAGAUCAGCAUGAUCGAUAGCUAUGGUGAAGCGCUGGUGCAUGUUCCGAAUCGCCACGAGGCGACCGGUGUUUACUGGUACUCCUUCCGGGAUAUCAUCCUCGCCACAAAGGACGGGAAAGAGGCCUCCUCGAUGACCACUGAGGAGUGGCAGCAGAUGCCGUCGGUGCGUGCAAACUACGUUCUCUUGCAGCCGCCUGGGCCCCCGCCCAGCCCCAUCCGGCCUGACAACCAGUGGGCUGCGCGAGGCCGCCUUGAUGCACGAAACCUGCAGCUGGACGUUGAAGGCGAAGGGGGCCGGUCCGCCGCAUACGCGGAUGCGAGCCUCGUCAUCGAGGAGGGUCAGGUGCCUGAGCUGAAGGGCACCUGGCGUGCCGAGGAUGGCUCGCGAGGCACCUUCCAGGGCCUCAAGGUGUGCCGGGAGUCGCGUGUUGGAGGCAUUUGGCGCUUUGAGCUGCAGGCGGGAGGCGAUCCCAUUGAACAUGCCUGGAAUGCAUGGUUGACGGCCCACCCGGCAGACAGCAACGGAGACGCCCGCGCUUCGCAUCUUCUCAAGGUCACCGGAGCAGCUCUCGCCGGGCCAAUCCUCAGUGAGAAGGAGACGGUUCAGAGUCAUCCUGUCCUUGCGGGGGAGUACAACUCUCUGACCCGGUCGCUGAAGCUAACCAUGACGACAGAAGGAGAGAAGUGGAAUGGUGCUGUCUUCGAGGCUGAGCUUGGAACCGAUGGAGCAUUGCGUGGAACCUGGGUGCGAUCUGCCCAGUCAGGGCGAUGGAUCGCCCGCCACAUCGGAAAGAAGAACACCCAGAGCUGCUUCAAGCCUCAGGUCGACGAGGGUGGCAAAUGGGACGCGAAAGCCUGUGUGGUCAAGACCAACCUCCAAAUGAUCAGCGCUCGGCCGCAGCCUGGGGACAAGGUCAAGCUUUCGAAGGCUUACAAGCAGUUCGAUGGGGAAGACGGCUGCCUGAAGCCAGGCCAAGUGGGCACCCUUGUGGAAGAUGACCGGACCAGUUGUCCAUUCCUCGUGGAGGGCCCCAACGGCUGCACACACUGGUACAACGACGGCGCAAUCAUCGUUGUGAACAAAGACGACAAGGAGCUCCUCACCCCCCUUGGUGACAUGUUCGAGGGGGUCGCCAUGUUGCGCUUCCCCGUGCGUGAGGGCACCUGGUACGCUGAGCUGGAGGUGAGUAAGCUUGGAAAGUCGCAGCCGUGCGUUGGAUGGGGCCUUCAGAAGACUGGCUCCCCGAAGAUCGUGCGCUUGAUGGCGAUCGGGGGCAAGAGUGCUGUAAAGCUGGACCUGGGAGAAGGAGCCCCUCCAAGAAAGAAGAGCAAGAAGAAGUCGGACAAGGACGAAGAGGAUGGGGCGGAUGAGGAGAAGAAAGAGGGCGAGGAAGGCGAUGGGGCCCAAGAGGGUGAAGGUGAGGGGGACGCCGAGAAGGCAGAGAAGGUGGAAGGAGAGGAGGAAGCUGAGGAAGCCGAGCAGGAAGCGGCUGCAGAGGGCGAUGGCGAGGAGGACGAGAACGGAGACGGAGAUGCCGAAGAGGGCGAAGGAGACGCAGAGGAAGCAAAGGAAGAGAAGCCAGGCGAGGAGGACGGCGAAGAGAAGGCCGACGGAGAAGAGGGAGAGGAUGAAGGUGAGAAGGACGACGAAGGCGAAGACGGCGGGGAGGAUGAUAAGGACGAAGAGGAAGAGUUCAGUGAGGAGGGUCAGUGGAAAUACGGUGAGUCCUUCGGCGCUGCCUGGAAGGAGGGCGAUGUCAUCGGAGUCCUCUUUGAUGCCAAGGAUGGAACUGUCAACCUCUCCUUCUCCCUGAACGGAUCCUUGGCCGCGCCGAUGGGGCAGGCCUUUACCAUCGACCUAGCAGAGGACAUGACACUGGCCAUGGUGUUGGCUUCAGGCGAUGAAGGAGAGAUCAACGUGAACUUAGGGCAGCGGCUCUUUCAGACAUGCCCAUCGGUGGAGCGGGAGGAGGAGCCGCGAGCUGUGCGUGGUCUUGGCGAGGCGAUGCGCAUGCGGCCAGCGUGGAAAGUCCAGCUGCCCAAAGGCGUCAAGGCCUGGCCUGUCUUCGAAGAGCCUUCGCGCACCUCCAAGGGCCGAAAGCCGCUGGAGAGGACAAGGUGGAGGUCGACCAGCUGCAUUCCGCAGAAGACAACUGGGUUCAGAUCAUGGAAGGUUGGGUGCAGACACGGAUGCUGGUGGCGGGCACAGAGUAUGAAGCUUUGA